CAUGCCGUUUAAUCCUGUUACAUGAACGAUACUAUACUAUAACCAUAAAAUUUCUAACUAAAGUUGUUGAACUUAAUAAACAUGCUACAUUAAACAUGUUAAUGUCUUAAGUUGUAAAAGAAUUCAACAACAACAGUCUGACAUGAAACAGAUAUAGAAAACGAUUUAGCAAAUGGGCCGAUGGCGGAUCAUAAAUACCGUUUAUGCAGCUUGGAUUUCUUGAACCUACAACCCGAUCGACAUUUCCUUAUUUGCUAGACCCUUUAUAUCGAGGAUGAUUUAGCUGAUUUACGUUAAAAAAUAUUAGGUCAGAACCAGCUUAUAUAUGUUAUAGAAUGUUCUUGAAAUUUGACCAACAUUCGGGUGUUCUUAAUAUAGUAGUGUUUAUUGCAUAAGACUAAGUACUUGUAUUACGCAGACCAUUGAAAUGGGUAUUAAGUAUUGUAAAUAUUGUAUUUCAGGUACCGUAUUUCUCUCGUAAGCUACGUUCUUUCGUAGUUUUUUUUGUAUUAGGCAUUUUCAUCACAAUAACCUAUACCCACUUCAAUUUGGAUACACAACGAAACUGUAUUAAAUACAAAAUUUGAUUCCUCAACUAAACGGUUGGUAAACUGGCAAUUUUGUUCCGUGUAUAUGCUUAAGAAAUUACUAUCUAGCGUUCAUCAAAAACACAAAUAUUGCAAUACUCUGCGCCAAAUAUAUCUGAAUGAGUUUCUGUUUAACGUUAUAGAGAUUGUUUAGAUCUUGAAUACCUUAAACGCGUUUAACAAGAAUGUUUUUCAUUGGGUGUUUGGCGGCCGUGAACUUAAAACGGCUUGGCGCUACUAUAAAUUCGGCGGAUUAGACAUCAAGCAAUACAUCGUUCCAUUAUUUAGAACACGAAAAAAUGUCGUCGUCAAAAAUGUUUAAUUCCGUCGUAGCUAUGAAUGCUGGAGCGGAAAUAAAAGUGAUAAUACUGAAGGAUUUGCAAAAAAAACUACAAACGUUUAGAAGAAAAACGGACGAAUUGGCUGCCAGUUUAGAAGAAGUUGCUAGGGUUUAUAACAAAGCAUUUUUAGAUGUCAAGAAAGCAACCAUAGCCGGAUCAGCGGCGGGUGUUGUGGGUGGCACUAUGGGAGUAAUAGGAUUGGUUAUGGCGCCUUUCACUGCUGGAGCAUCGCUGCUUGUGUCUGCGGCUGGUGCCGGAGUCGGGGCUCUCGGAGGUAUAACGGCAGGCGGAGCAGCGAUUGGAGAAAGUGUCGAGCGGAAGAAUGCCGUAAAAAAAGCUGAAGAAAUCGUUAAAAAGUUUGAGCAAGAGCGCAAGGAUGUCAUCAAAGACUGCAAACAAAUUACCGACCUUCUUGGAGCAGACAAUCUAGAUAAAGAUUUUCCGUUCUGGGCGAGUUUCAUUACCAAGCUUAUAAUUGGAUCGAGCACCAUUGCAUGGUCAGUGGCUUUGAGGGCACUGAACGGCAUCGUCUCGGGCAUUCGACUUGGGAAGGCUAUAUCUGAAUUUUCACUUGAAGCUGUGAUGGCUGGUGGUGGUGUGGCAACCUGUGCUCUGAGGGCCGGAUCGGUCGCUGCAAGGGGUCUGCACGUGGUUGGGGCAGCCGUAGGGAUCAUACUAAUUCCUAUUGAUUUGGGGUUUCUUGUGCAUUCCGCACAUGCAGUUGCAACCGACAAAGUGUCUGACACGUCCAAGAAGAUUUCUCAAAUGGCUGAAAAGUUGCGCGCCUCCUGCCCCAGUGAAGGAGAAAUAGACGACGCAGUGUUUAAAACAAUAGAGAAACUCAUAAAUCAAUAAAUUGGACAAAAAGGACAAAGUGCGUGAAACAAAAUUUAUGACAAGGCUGACAAGUUGUCUUCGUUCUUGCACGAUUGGAAUGGAAAGCGUAUUUAAACAAAAUAUAUAUAUAUAUAAGUAUUGUUUAAUCAAUUACAUUCAUACACUCAUUCACGCUCUGUAAAAAUAAACUAACUCUCUCUUUUUUCUCUAACAAUAAGAUUUUAUGUUAAAUAUUCUUAUAGUUCAUAAAUCUAGUAUUUUACAUGUAUUGAAUCGUGUUUUGAAUAUAAACUGGUGUUUCUGCUCCUUUUUCUAUGUUUGUAGAAUGGUUUUGAUUUAU